AUGGCAAUGACUGCUUUUCUAAUUCCAGACAAUAAACUGCCAAUCAUUCUUGCUGUCGUCAUACCUGUUGUUGUGCUUGCUGUCUUUGCUGGAGUCUUUGCUUGGUGGAUGUGGAGGAGAAAUAAGGACACGACGAUGGCCAACAAGGGUGAUUAUAUAAAGCUAUAUAACUUAAGAAAUGUGUUCGAGCCCUCUGUGCUCAAUGUGCAAAACAAGGAGUACAGGCGAAAUUUUGGGAAGGGUUUCGUACGAAAACCUGCAUUUAUAAUGCAUGCUGCAAUCUUAAACUAUUUCACACAAAUAGCUUACAUUACUUGAAACAUCUAUGCAUAAUAAAUGUAUAGGGCUCUACGGAUAUAUCACCAUAAUUUAAUUCCCUUCAUUCUUAAAGCACUGCUAGGUAAUUAUAGACUUCGCUGUUAUAAGUUGGUAAAUGUUAAGAAUAAAAUUGCUAGACUGUCAAACUAACAAAACCGUGAACAUCUGAAAUAUUUGAAAACUUUUUACUGUGAUGGUGACCAAUCACAGCAUGGAUCAGGACACACUAGCAAGCCACAUUGCAGAACCACAGGAAGCCCAGGCUCUAUGGACGUUCGUUUGCAUUUGAAUUUUACAAGAGAAUAUAUGAGAACAAACACAAUAUGUCCUUAAUUCCGCUUUUUUAAUUUUUGAAAAGAUUCGAAAUAAAAUGGCACACGUUUUUGCUUUGUGUUUUGCAGAUCAGUUCGCUCCUCGAGUCAUCUAGAAGCCAUUUUGGCGCGUUUUAGAUUUUUGAGUUGUACGUACCGUAGCAAAGAGAAACACCCUUACCAGAAUAAAGGGGGGGUUUAUUUAUUAUAGAGAUGUAUAGUAAUAGUACCAUAAGGGGAAGGUAGGGUUCUUAUAAAUAUAAAAAUAGUUUUUGUCAAUUUGUCCAAAGCAUUUUUUGCAGAGUUUUGGAAGGUUAUGGAGGACAUUUUGCUUAACAAAAAUACCAUUAAAAAUGUUAUUUUGCAAGAAAAACAAAACAAAACAAAACAAACAAAAAAAAGGCAUGAAAAGAAAAAAGCCAAGUAUAUCUGUUGUGGUAAUUCAACGCCUGGCUGGACUUAUGGCAAAUUUUAUCUUCAUGAUAUAAAUCUGACCUGACCAUUUUCCGAUAUCUUUAGCGACGGAAUCAAUGCUCGAACUUGAAAAGUAUUCCUCCCACCAAUAAAUAUCCAGUCGAGCUACCUUAACUAACGGUAUUGUUACUUUAACACCCUGCUAAGUUUAACCUUUUAAUUCUCUUAUAGGGAUAGCAAAAGGAGGAAGGUAAUCUCAUGUUUUGGUGGUAGCUUCAGUACUCGCAAUUAGUCCUUUGAUUUAUCCGACAAGAAUAAGAUAUUUGAAUAACUAGUACUCUUCGUGGCAUCGUUAUCGUCGAGCAAUGUUAAGUUAUUAAUGGUACGAAUUUCUUUCCCAGAAACAAAGCAUGUAACAUUUAACGUUAAAUUACUUAGUUUUAAGAUGUGGACGCAACGUGGCCGAGUGGUUAGAGCACUAGACCGCCCUGACCGCAAGCUGGAUUUGUUCUCGGUAGUCCCGGGGGUGGUUCGUCGGUGCCGCAGGUGAAAAAGCCAACUGGUUUACCUUCUAUAAUUUUGGAAUUCUUAACAUCGUUAUGUUGCCUGUGAAUUAUUUGCUCAAUGCUGAUUAUCCCUUAAAACGAAAAAAAUGAAGCUAACUGUGAUCACUCAUUUAAAAAAAAGAGAGAGCGAACGUCGAGCUUGCAUAUGUGUACUCUAAUUUGCUGUCUUGUUGAACCAUUUCAGGUUGUAUGCUACUACAUGUGAAAAAACAGGAGAACUUGAUGUAUGUUUCAUGUCAAAUAGCUACGAAAAUAACACAUCAUAGACCCAGUGCAAAAAUGGGUCAUGUAGCAGCUGCCCGGAAGAGAAGUCACCAAUGGUGCGUUUUCCUGACCCCAAAAAACACUAAAAACAUUCAAAGAAUGACCGGUCAUUGUUUCCUGCGACNGAGCGAACGUCGAGCUUGCAUAUGUGUACUCUAAUUUGCUGUCUUGUUGAACCAUUUCAGGUUGUAUGCUACUACAUGUGAAAAAACAGGAGAACUUGAUGUAUGUUUCAUGUCAAAUAGCUACGAAAAUAACACAUCAUAGACCCAGUGCAAAAAUGGGUCAUGUAGCAGCUGCCCGGAAGAGAAGUCACCAAUGGUGCGUUUUCCUGACCCCAAAAAACACUAAAAACAUUCAAAGAAUGACCGGUCAUUGUUUCCUGCGACCAAUUAGGAGAGACCUUAGGAGUUACCAGUAGCUCCUACACUAUCCUCAGAAAUGGCUGCGGGAUUAAUAUUCUUUUAUGUAAAUUAAAAUUAGCCUGACUAGCCUCCUUUGAGAUAAAGUAUUCUUUGGAAUUUUGUACUUAAUAACGAGGCUGUUAAGGCUAAUUUGAAUAUAAACAAAAGAAUAUGAAACUAAUGCGGCCAAUUUUACAUUGGGUCUAUAAAGCGUCAGUUAUUUUCGACAUUGUUUCCCGUAAUUUCAAUGCAGUAUAUGAGCGUUUUUUAUAAAGAUGGCUAGAUAUCAGCCAAGUUUCCGUUUCUACGAGAAAACUUUUCUUGAAGAGCAAGGCCUGUAAUCCUAAAAGUAGUAUAGUAGGAAUGUGUAACUCCGUUCUUUGGGAGGUAAAUUGAAAAAAAAAAACAGAAAAAAGCUAAGAUAUCAUUGGUGUUAGCGUAUCAUUCCUCAAAGUUAUGAACUUUCCCCUCCAAACACGCAGUAAAACAUUCCUACUCCUGAGAUGGACAGAUCUGGAUGCUGGCCGUAUAGUAAAGUAUAAUUAGGUUCUCUAGACUAAGUCAGGUUAAUUGAAGAGGCCGUCCUUUUUUAUUAAGUUAUUUAUUCACUUGAAAUGUCGUGUAGACAACAACCGUAUGAGGAUAAAUCUAAACUCAACUCUCGUUUUGCAGCGUUUAUUUUAGAUUUGUUGAACCGGGGCGACUUAAAAAAGCUUUAAAAAAAUCUUCGCAAUAAGAGAACGCAAACAAUAACUUCCUAAAUAAUUCCACCUUGACUGGAAUCUUGAUACAAAGAUAACUCUUAGAAUUUCUCCUUCAUUUAUGACCACGAUAAAAGUUCUAAACAAAAAGAGUUGCGAUUUUAGUUGUUUCCCUUCUGAAUUUUAAAUGUUAUGGAUGCAUUUGCGGGGUUUGUGCUAAUCACUAAAGAAGCCAUAGUUUCUCUCGUCUACCCCCCAAACAACUCGUACGCUUCUUUGGUUCCAAGCACAUAUGCCUUGCAAGUACUAUGGAUUCCACGAUGUAGCGCGUCUCUUUACAGUGUUUCACGGAUGACCUCGAAGUGUUGUUAAAUGGAGAUACCUGAUAAACACGUUAGAAACGUCGCAAUAAAUAAAAAUGUGACCAUAAUCGUGAGGUGUAUCAGUGUAAUAUAUCUCUACAAAAAUUGGAGUUGAAAAGAUAACGAGGUUUGUCGGUUCUGUUCUGGUUAUCGUUUUACAGUUGUUCCUUUGUUUGAUAUUUUGUUCUUUUUUUUCUUUUAGUCCUGUUUGAUUUUCGCGUCAGUUAAACCAAAAGAAUCGUACGAUUCUCAUAAAAGGUGGAUAUCGACAAAAAAGUAAACAGUCAAGUUUAAGUGGUGUUUUCUUCUUUAUCUAAGGUUGCAGUGCAAGUGUAUAAUCGUGAACCAGAACAAAUUUCCAUGAGACAAAGAACUUCAGAUGUUUCGUCUGGACAUUAUAUGCCACUGGUUAAGGCACACCAAUCAUCUGGCUCACCGGAAGUCAUUCCAUCAAUCGACGCUUCAUCAUUAAGCCAGUAUGAACCUUUAAACCCAUCAACAAUUUCUUACGAGAUUCUUCGCCAGGACGUGAUAAUUGAGAAGAUAAUUGGCAAAGGUGCUUUUGGUCAGGUUGCCAGGGGAAAGGUUAAAGGCCUACGUGGAAGACAACGUGUGACACAGGUGGCUGUCAAAAUGUUAAAAGGUACAAGAUAACUUGAUUAAUCACUGUGUAACUAAUAAUGCAAGAAUAGGAUAACUGAAAAAUAAAGGAAUGUAACACAAACGAUUCACAAUGAAAACGCUCGUUACCUCACCUUUUAGCUGACGCGCCGGACUCCGACAGGAAGGAUUUGUUAUCAGAGCUUGAAGUUAUGAAGACGUUAAAGCCUCAUCCGCACGUCAUCAAACUACUUGGAUGCGUCACCGAAUCUGGUAGGUUAUUUUUAAUGUAAACUGUCUUUAGUCACCAAUUACUAUGCUGCAAGUAAAGGGUCAGUCGAGUCAUUUUAAUUGUGCCUUUUUCAGUCUGAGUAAAGUCUCUUUGUCCGCGAAUGACUAAAUGAAUACAUCAUUUUUUGCUCAGAGCCCUUGUUAGUCUUGAUCGAGUACGUUCCGUACGGGGAUCUCCUGGGUUACCUGAGAAAGAGCCGUGGAUUAAACGAUACUUAUUUCAAAGACCCAGAUAGCAAACCACAAACAAGUCUGACGUCACAUCAGUUGAUGAAGUUUUCUUGGCAAGUUGCUGAUGGAAUGAGUUACCUCUCAUCUAGAGCUGUAAGCUAAAAUAUUUGACUCUUAGUAUUCAAAGUCUGGUUUAGACUGUCUCCAUUUUACAAAGAAAAAUUAUACAGACUAACGGUAAAGAACACACUCAGGUCCCCUCACUUUCAGCCACGUUUUGCUCUUGCGUUUUGAUAAUACCCCUCGACAAUGGCGAUUUCAUAAAAUUUAUUUCCGGCUGGACUGAUGUGGAUUAAAAUGUAAAGACGUGAAACUGACUGAGCUCUUGUUUGGACAAAUGUAUCCUAUCCAUUUGGUGUCAAAUCUUAAAAAAUAACUUCAAAAUUUAAUGAAAUGUAACAGCAUCAAAGUAAGACAGAAAGACCCGAACGGCUUAACAGGUCCAUAUGACUUGCAAGGUUUUAAGCUCGUGUGAAAUGAAAUCUCACAUUGCAGAUUAUUCAUCGAGACCUUGCCGCUCGAAAUGUUCUGGUUGGAGAAAAUGAAACUUGUAAAGUGACAGACUUUGGAAUGGCAAGAGAUGUGCAAGAACAAAGUAUUUAUGAACGGAAGACAAAGGUUUGUAUCAUAUUGGAAACAAACCUACGGUAUAGGACUGGCACGCAAUCCUUUCCAUUACCUGUGGAGGAAAAUACGUAAGGUUUUGUUGAUUAUGUCGUUGCUUUCUAGGUUUCAUGCUUUAAGAGGAGCUCCCAAAAUUAUAGGCCACGAAGUUAAUGAUAAAACAUUUGACAAUCCUAAAAAAGCGUAAGAGUGUGGUAAUAUAAAGACAGUAAAGACGUCCUUUGCCAUGCAUAAAUUUUUAAUUCAGCUGCAUAUAAAAGAAGAUUACUAACUUUAUGCCUGAUAAAAGUCUUAGAGAACGGCAGUUGCAGUGAAACUUUGUUCGGUUUUGUCCUUCCACACUAAGACAGGAAGAAAGUGUAUAAAAGAAAGUUGCGUGUAAACGAAGCCUGAGUUUCAUUUUUGCAGUAACGAUUAUUUUAAAACUUGAAGAUGGCNAGCUCGUGUGAAAUGAAAUCUCACAUUGCAGAUUAUUCAUCGAGACCUUGCCGCUCGAAAUGUUCUGGUUGGAGAAAAUGAAACUUGUAAAGUGACAGACUUUGGAAUGGCAAGAGAUGUGCAAGAACAAAGUAUUUAUGAACGGAAGACAAAGGUUUGUAUCAUAUUGGAAACAAACCUACGGUAUAGGACUGGCACGCAAUCCUUUCCAUUACCUGUGGAGGAAAAUACGUAAGGUUUUGUUGAUUAUGUCGUUGCUUUCUAGGUUUCAUGCUUUAAGAGGAGCUCCCAAAAUUAUAGGCCACGAAGUUAAUGAUAAAACAUUUGACAAUCCUAAAAAAGCGUAAGAGUGUGGUAAUAUAAAGACAGUAAAGACGUCCUUUGCCAUGCAUAAAUUUUUAAUUCAGCUGCAUAUAAAAGAAGAUUACUAACUUUAUGCCUGAUAAAAGUCUUAGAGAACGGCAGUUGCAGUGAAACUUUGUUCGGUUUUGUCCUUCCACACUAAGACAGGAAGAAAGUGUAUAAAAGAAAGUUGCGUGUAAACGAAGCCUGAGUUUCAUUUUUGCAGUAACGAUUAUUUUAAAACUUGAAGAUGGCCUUCUGAACAUAUAUUUCGGAGUAUAUUUUUCUACCGACUGUCUUUUUCGCUAAGAUGCAGGGAAGCAAGGUAGUACAUUGAUUUUUCAUUAUCUUCCACUUUCGCCUACUUUUCGCCAACUCGCUAUUCCAUGUUCGUCGUCUAUUUGUCUUAUGGUCAUUUAAUUUGUUGAUAUGUAGGGUCGUUUACCAGUGAAGUGGACCGCAUAUGAAUCCCUGCUCUACGGACGAUACACCACCAAGAGCGACGUGUAAGAAAACUUUCUAUAUAUGCAUUAAUAAUUUGAUAUUUGCAUAACAGCAGUUCCUCAUCGCGUGACGUGAGAAGAAGGAAGCAUGCAAGACGAUUAAUGUCACUGGGUUAACCAGCGUUACUGACGCCAACACUAUUCCCCCCCCCCCCCCCCCCCCCCCCCACAAAGAAAGAAGAAAUUUGAAUUCAAAAAAAACAAAAAAUUUUUUUUUUUUUUUUUUUAUAAAAAAACCAAGAAAGUAUUUCUUUUUUUUUUUGUCGUGUAGUAGGGGUGUUAUGCGUUUUUUAUUGUAUUAUGAUUUUAUUCUGGACAAGUACUUUUCGAAUCAAAGUAGUGUUGUUUGAUGGGGGUUAAGUGGUUUUCCUUCCCAUUUAUAUUCAUUAAAAAUUUUUAUUUUUCAAAAAAACGAUUCCCCAACCGGGGACGGGGAAAAAAAGAAAAAACAAAAAACAUUAAAUUCCCUGGGUUAACCCCGGUUUUUACCCCCAAACCCUUUUCCCCCCCCCCCCCCAUCUCUAAACUAGAAGAGAGAAAAUGUGUAUUAAAAAACCGCAGAAACUUUUUAUUUUUAUUUGUUUAAAAUGUAACCGCAGAUAUGUCUCUUUUCGGUCUCAUAGGUGGAGCUAUGGAGUCUUGCUUUACGAGAUAUUUACAAUUGGUAAGGUCCUAUAGCUAUUAACUUACAGUGGUUUUCGAAGUUUUUCUUAUUAUUUUGUUGUGAAAAACAUAAAGAAUGUUCCGAAAGAAGAAAGGUAGUACGUUAUAACAUACUUUAGAGCUCAAGAAUGCAUACAUUAUUUGUAUAUGCUUUUGUUUUCCGCGCAUGUUGUCAUGGACAACUUGCUGCUAACGAUAAAAACCCCAGCGGUACCAUAUGUGAUAAUGGCGAGCUUCAGCAACAAGAACGCUGACCUCCCAAACGUCGUGAACAAAAAUCGGAAGUUGGCUGCUUGGCAUUAUGGGACGCUGCUCAAGUAGUUAAGUGGUUUAUCUGUGGAAAAUGGUUUAUUGGUAACAACUUCGGUAUAGAUCAUUGUAGGUAUUGUCAUUUUCUAAUUUUUUUUUUUUUUUAUCGGCUGUUAGUAUCAUCAUUAUAUUUUAUUUUAUUAUGACAUGUAAGCCAGUGAGAUUCCCUAAUGCGCUCAUAAGAACCGUACUAUUAUUAUUAUUAUUAUUAUUAUUAUUAUUAUUAUUACGUUGGCGCUAAAUCAAAAUUUGGCAGACAUAAAGAAAUCGAGCAAGAACAUUUUUCUUAUUCACAUUAAAUAUUUCUAACACUUCAGGUUUGGAAUGACCGUCCAUGGCACUUCAAGAAAAAAUCAUUUUAAAUGUCCAAAUUUAAUCUCUGAUUAUUAAAAACUUUAAUUUUGAACUUUGCGUACAUUCACUCCAGACUUAGGAAGUUAGGAAUGUUUAUCCUUUUUCAGAAAUGCCAGCUUGUUUAUCCAAAGAAAGUAAAUUCCCCACCAAUUAGCCAAUUUCCUUCAUUUUCAAUUUUUUAAACGUUCAGCCACUACCCUGGGUUCCAGAGGAUAUCUUUUUCUUAUCUUCGUGCCUCGGUCGCUCUUCGGGCGACAGCCUUCGGUCACCCUUCGGGCGACGUGCCGUGCGCCAGCGAGGAUAUGGCUUGCGGUUAUUGAUCUGGGUCAGAUAAGAAGCAAAGAAAUCGUUUACAGUAGAUUUAUAAAGAUCCCAUUGGGCUAAUUAAUCGUGCUAAGGGACAGGUAUAGACAUUUUUCAAGGUGAUACUUUUAAUAAGUAAUUCAUUUAUUCACACGAAACUCCUCUGGACCCUGUGUUCAUGUUUGUUUUCAUUGACGCUGACAGCUGAGAUCGUACGUGACUUUGCGUCUGCGAUGCACGAAAAAAGAAUUGCUAUUAAAAAUUGUCACAAAUUCUUUAUCCAAAAAAAUACACUUCAAGUUUAAAGUAUAUAAAAAGGACGGAAAUCAGCUGAGAAGUGCACACUCUGUAUGUUUUUAGAAGUCAACAGGAUUAAAAAGAUUUUCCGUUCCGAGCCAGGUCAGACUAAAUAUUGCCAAGCAAAACGGCUAUGCCAAACAAAACAUCAUUCUGCAGCAUUUUUUAGCAAAGAAACCGCGACACGAAUUAUUAGGAAUUUGGAAAAAAAGAAAAACCUUUUGCAUCCGGGGUACUAUCCGUGAGAAUGUAGAACUGAGCCCAGCGAGACAAGGGAUAGCAGGAAAACAUCACAUUCAUUCAAAGUACGUCCUCUGGUAGGAAACGUUCAAACAAAGCUUCUUCCUCGAGCAACGUUGAUUCAGUUGUCGGAUGUUCGCUUAAAUUAUUUGGACGUUUAGACAGAGAUUGGUCUGCCACACUUCCAAGAGUAAGCGUGAAAGCCGAGAUCUCCGAAUAACGACCCGGGAUUAAAUAGUUUGUUAUGAAUAUUGCAAUUGCAACCGGUUUUUAAUCUCAUGCGGUGAAGUUUUUCGAUGCAGCCAAUCAGGUUCACUGUUACAGCGUUAAUUCCCUGCGGUCGUGGGAGUAACCAAUCGGCGACCCAGUUCAAAUUCUGAACUGAUUUCUCGCAUAGAAAUGAUGUUUCUUCCUUGUGUGACCAGAGAUCCGUCUCGGGAGCCUUAUCAAACCGUAAGCACGGUUUACUUCCUACUAGGUAUUUUGAGAACGAACCUCUGGAGCCAGGGUAUUCAGCCACAAGAAAACCUCAUGAUUUAAUUUGGGGAAAAUUAUUUUGUUCUAGAUCUCCUAGCGAGAGAUAUUGCCAAUCAUUCAUUCGAACACACCUUUGACCCUUGCCUUAAACCCCUCGUGUGAAAGAUUGACUAGUCGAGAAGCCUUUUCAGAUUAACUUUGGUUGAAAUGUUUUACGUUCAGGGAGACAACUGUCUCUCGCUACAUUGCGAAAGUUCGCUGAUAAUUUAAUCCUGUUACCUUAUCACAGUAAGAACUUACACCAUGACUUAAAUUGACAGCCUUUUUUAGUUCCUCUGGUGCCAAAAUGAGACAGAUAAAGAGGCGAGUGUGUAAAUAAUAUGUCCUUACAGCCACAGUUAGCUCCUUCCAUUUUGAGUAAAAGCAGCAACAAAGACAACAACAAAUUUUGGAAGAACUCAUGCCUUGUUAUAAAGUAUUGUCACAGCCGGUCACUUUCUCCUUUUUAGGGGGUUCUCCAUAUCCACGAAUGGAUGGCAGGAAGAUUGUAAGUUUACUUCAGGACGGAUACAGGAUGACUAAACCACAACAUGUUGAUGAUGAACUGUAA